AUGAAGCUGGCCAUCUUAGCCGCUGGAUCAGAGAGGUGGACGCGUUGUUCGGAACUCGCAAAGAAAGCGCUCACCUUGUCGCGUUUCUUCUACGACCACGCUUCCAAGGUCCACAUGAUGCUGCUCAUCGGGAGGGCAGAACUGUCGAAAGGAAACAACGAGAUCGCUCAUUCUAUCUUCAAGAAGACGAUUGAACGUUGUGAAGAGCAUGGACUGCAAGCAACAAUGGCAUUGGCGUCCAAGUACAUAGUAGAUGCUGCGAUCAGCUGCAAAGAGAAGGAUGCGUACAUUUUGGAACUGCUUCGAAGUCAUGUGUCCUUACUUGAGCACGAAAUGGAUCAGAAAGCAAGACUGAGAUCAGUGAUACGUCUAGCCAGAUACGGGGCCGAAUUCGAUCAUCUCGCCAGCUUAAAAAUCACCACUACUGUCAAAAAACUCGUCCCAGUCUCAAUACGGACGAUC